GAGGUUUGACGUUUCGCCUGUCUGUCAACAGAAACCGGCACGUGCCUCUAUUGUUUCCGUUUGAAUCGCAAGAUCCCGGUGUCCUUCGUCCUGCGAGAAAUGUUUGAAGAUGUACACAGCUCGGACGAAGAGUCCCCGGUACCGGAUGCGGAUUCCUGUAGCGGCAAGCAGUUAGGCGAGCUGUUUACGACGACUCUCCAACCGUGUUCCGAAGUUUCCGCCUCCCUUAAACGAGUAUGUGGUCUGCACCUUUCCCAGUCGUACGACUCGAGAAAGCUAGCCGUGGGGCUUUCACGUAAAACGUUGCAACUGUACGAUGUACGCGAAGGCGGUGAUAUCAGCAUCUCAAACGGCACGCUCGGCCAGUUCGAGAGCGGAAUCCGUGGGGUGCGAUUUUUCAACGGUGAUUCCAACUCACUGCUCUGCUGCACCGAGCAAGGGGACGUGUUUCUGUACGAUGUACGGUGUAGCGAUAAUGGCGCGGUACACCGGUUCGAAGACACCUCCGAGGGGUUGAAGAAAACGAUGACUUCUUGCGAUAUCAACCAGAAUGAUCGCGUUGUGUGCGCUACGAGUGAGGUGCAGAAGAACGGCGACACGUUUUUGCUGUUUUUCGACGUCCGGCAGCGAAAGUAUCUGGGCUGUUACUGGGAGUGCCACAGUGACGACAUAACAAACGUACGGUUCCACCCCUCCAAUCCGGAUCUCGUCGCUAGCGGGAGCGUCGAUGGGUUGGUGAACGUGUUCAACAUUUCGCAAACGACUGAGGAUGAUGCGCUUGAGUACUGCUUCAAUGUGGAGACAGCAAUCGAUUCGAUCAACUGGCAUGCCGAUCCAACAGGCCGUGAUUUGGUGGCGUGCGUAACGACGACAAACGAUUUGCAUCUGUAUGAUGUGGCCAGCCAGGAUUGCGUGGCUCGGUUUGAGCGGGAGCAAAUAACCAAAGCCAUGCACAGGACUUCCGCUAUAGAUUGUAAUGUGGUCGGUACACACAAUUACGGUAAUGGUAGCUUCUUCGUACUGGCAGGCUCCAACUAUAACAAAGGUACCGAGUGUUUGCGGACACUGAGAUAUGACAAUAAGACACUUCUGCCGGAUCGAUCGUUUGGCGGCAACAAGCAGAUAGUGCGUGCCAGCGUGUACAACGAAAAGGAACGAUAUUUGAUUGCAACGGGUGAGUGCGGCCUGCUCGCGCUAUGGAAGUGCGACAACGAACCGGAAACGACUGUGAACGGUGCCAGCAAGGGGUUGAAGCAAAAGCUGCACGUUAGUCACCGCGCCAAACCAUACUAGCACGCGUAUUUGCCUUGUAAAAUAAAUUGAUUCGAAUUGUAUCAUUCUGGAACAGCUAAACAGAACCACCGAGAGCAAACUUUCGAAUGAUGGGAGCCAGUAACGGAAGCCCGAUCACCGAUCAGCAGCUGGAAGAGUACGCUGAGCUUACGUAUCUUACCAAGCCGGAAAUAAUUUUCAUCCUGCAACGC